GCUGUGCAGGUGGAGAGAGAGAUUGCUAUUCUGAAGCUGAUUGAACAUCCUCACGUGCUGAAGCUGCAUGAUGUUUAUGAAAACAACAAGUAUCUGUACCUGGUUCUGGAGCAUGUGUCUGGGGGAGAGCUGUUUGACUACCUGGUGAAAAAGGGCCGGCUCACUCCCAAGGAAGCCAGGAAGUUCUUCCGACAGAUAAUCUCCGCCCUGGACUUCUGUCACAGUCACUCCAUCUGCCACAGGGACCUGAAGCCGGAGAACCUGCUGCUGGACGAGAAGAACAACAUCCGGAUCGCGGAUUUCGGGAUGGCCUCGCUGCAGGUGGGAGACAGCCUGCUGGAGACGAGCUGCGGGUCCCCACACUACGCCUGUCCCGAAGUUAUCCGGGUGAGUCCCCCGACUGUGGUCCCUCAUACUAUGGGGAGAAGGUGGGGUUUUAACGUCCUGUGCGCCUGUCGCCCCAUUUCGAUGUGUCAUCCUGCUGGCGAACCCCGUUUAGGAAAUUCCAGAAGCGAGUUCAGGAACUCUAUAAAUCUCAGCUUUGUCUCUCCCCUGGCCCCGAUCCAGCGGUUUCGGGGACACGUCUGGGAACCCCUUUCUGCAUUUAAUACCCUGAUGGCGUUCUGUGCAGUACAGGACACACUGAGUUCUCUGGACAAUCAGGAGAAGAUGAUCUAUUACCUCCUGCUGGAUCGCAAGGAGAGGUACCCCAGCUGUGAGGACGAGGACCUACCCCCCCGCAACGACAUCGGUGAGCCCCCCCGUCUAGCUGUAGUCUGUACCUGCUGUCCAAGACGGCACUCGAGGCCCGGUUCAGCGGCGUGCGCUGGUGCCGGCUCGGAGCCCUUCGUUCACUCAUGCAUUUCCACCCAUUCAUCCAGUCAGUCAGUCAUUCAUUCAUUCAUUCAUUCUCCGACCCCUCCCUCCCUCCCCCCCCCUCCUGCCCUCAUCCAAUCCCAGAGCCCCGUUUUCACCUUCAGCCAAUCGGAUGUUGCCGCCGCCUCCGCCCAGCCCAAGGACCCCCCCAAGGCCGCGACGCUGCCUCCGCCCCCCCCCCCUUCCUCUUCCUCCUCCUCCUCCUCCCCCUCCUCCGCCAGGGCCGGCCAGCGCGCGCCGGACCCCAAAACCCAGACCCUGCCGGCCUCCUGCAAGGCCAGCGAGCGGCCCCCCCUGCAGUCCAUGAAGUCCCUGCCCCUGCGGGAGCCGGCGGGGCCCCCCUCCUCGCCCUCGCCCUCGCCGCUCCUCUCCCCCGUACCCCGCUUCUUCUUCUUCCCGCCCCCCUCCGUCCUCAAGACCGUCACCAAGUGCGUCUACCCGAACCCCUCUCACCCCUCUCACCCCUCUCACCCUCCCGCUCUGUCGCAGGUCACCCCUCACGGCUCCCCCCGCGCCAGCCCGCUCCCCACGCCCCUGGGCACCCCCGUGCACGCGCCCCCACCCUCCUCCUCCUCCUCCUCCUCCUCCUCGCGGAGAAAGACGGAGCGAUCGGCGAUCUGCAGCGGCCUGGCCGCGGACCGAGAUCGGGAGGUGACCCCUCCCCCCGAAUCAAGGACCCCACGGAAAUUCGGCGAUGGGGCGCUCUGA